CGGACAACCCAACACGGGCCCUCUGCAGGCGUGAUGGUUUCGGCGUGCGUGCAGCGACCGGGACGACGCGUUCGCCGGAUUCUCUGCUGAGCGGGCCCCGCUUCUGAUCUGACCUGUCGGCUAGGGCGUCGGUGUUCGCGCGCCUGUGCCUCGUUGAAGGGCGACCUCGGAGGACCUGUUCGUGUCAUUUGCCUGUUCGGUGCUCCCCACGUGAGUUCGUCGCUCCGAAGAGAGGGGUCGGUGUGGCUGCCUGAACCGAGCACGGCGAAGACCUUUGCUCGUGAUCGGAUAAGCUCAACAAGCGCCGGGCUUGUGCCCAGAGGGGGAAAAAGUGUGCUGUGCGCCAAGUUACGAUCGCUUGCUUCUUUGGUCCACUGCUCUUGUGACUGCACUGACCCGGUGCCCGUUUCGGAAUACAAGUGCCUUCGGAAAGUAACGGGUUUCCCCAGCAGGGUGGCGCGGCGACCGCCAUGUCCGAGCUGGAGAAGAUCAAGAAGAACCUGCUGAAGUGCGCCAACGGCGACGGGCCGGCGCUCUUCGAGGAUCCAGACUUCCCGGCCAGCCAGAACUCCGUCUUCUAUCACCAGACUCCGCCCUUCAAGUUCACCUGGCUCAGGCCCAAGGAAAUUUGCUCUAGUCCGCAGUUUGUCUCCGAUGGUCCAUCGCAGUUCGACAUCACCCCUGGCAAACUGGGCGACCGCUGGUUUGUGUCGUGCCUGGGAGUGCUUGCAACAUGCCGAGGCCUGUUCUACCGCGUGGUUCCGGCGGACCAGGGCUUCGGCGAGGCGGACGAGUACGCGGGACUGUUCCGCUUCCGGCUCUGGUGGUGCGGAGACUGGAAGGAAGUGAUCAUCGAUGACCGGCUACCCACCGUCAACGGGAAGCUUGUAUUUGUACAGUCCGGCCACGGCUCGCUCUUCUGGGCUGCACUGCUCGAAAAAGCGUACGCAAAGCUGUAUGGAUCGUACGAAGCACUGAAGUACGGCUGCAGCGUGGACGGGUUGGCCGACCUCACCGGCGGCGUGACGGAGACGCUCAACAUUCGCGAGGACCCGAGCGGCUGUGCGCGGACGCUGGCCGGCUCACUGCUCGCUCGCACCACUCUCGUCACAGCCGUCGUUCAGCAACAGCACACGCAGUCACGGACGUCACCAGAGAAGAUGGCCAAUGGAAUUUGGCUUGGCACAAACUACAGGAUACUCGCAUUUCAGAAGGUGACCACAGCGGGAGGUGAACAAGUGCAGCUUGUGAAGCUGAGGAAUCCCUUCGGUGUAGGAGCAGACUACAUCGGCAGCUGGUCGUUAGACUCCCAGGAGUGGGACAAGGUUCCGCCGGAGGAACAAGAAAGGCUCAACUACAAGAGCCCCGCAGAAGGAGAGUUUUGGAUGUCUUACCAGGACUUCAUGAAGACGUUCACCUCUCUCGAAGUGGUGCACCUGGACAGCGAGACGAGUCGCGAUGAGCUCAGCCUACGCGACAAGACGCCCUGGCAGAUGAAGGUCUGGAAGGGCCACUGGCAAAAGGGCGUCACAGCCGGGGGAUGCCGGAAUAACACCGACACCUUCCACAUCAAUCCGCAAUUCCAGCUGAUUCUGUCCGAGUCGGAAGAAGUAGUCAUCUCUUUAAGUCAAGAUGCAGUCAUUGAGCCUAAAGUCAUGGGCUUCACUAUUUACCAGACACCGAAACCACCGAACGAGGCCCUCGACAAAGCCUUCUUCAAGAAGAACAAGUCACUACUCAGUUCCCAGUACAGUAACUGCAAGCAGGUGUCUGUCAGGUGUGUCCUGGAGCAAGGAGGCUACGUUCUACUCCCGACCACUUUCGAACUGGGCCAAGAAGCCUCUUUCACGCUACGGGUCUUCUCGGGAAAACCGACGAAGCUAAAGCUCAUCGACAGCCAACCGAGCACGGUAAAGCCAGCCAUCAUGAAGGCGCCGCCUUCUUUCGACAGCAAGAUCAGUUCGUACGAGGCUGUUUUCCUACAAGUUGCGGACGAGCACUCCUCGGUCAACUGCUUCGAACUGCAGGAGUUGCUCGAAGCCUGCCUCCCCAAUGAUUACGUCAAGAGCUGCGCAACACUAGAAGUUUGCCGGCAAGUUGUCAUGGCGCUGGAUACAACGGGUAUGGGAAGGCUGAGGUACCAGGAGUACAAGAACUUCAUGUGCAGCCUCAAGUACUGGCAGAGCACCUUCAAGAAGCACACACGUGGCACGGCGGGAAUCCUGAGGGCCGAGAAGCUGCGCGACGCCAUAGUGGACGUAGGGUUUCAGCUCAACACGGAGAUUCUCUCAAUGCUGAUGCUGAGGUACAUGAGGAAAGACGGCACGUUGCGGUUCGGAGACUUCGUGUCUUGCAUCCUUCACUUAUCCGUCGCCUUCGCGACGUUCGAGAAAAAAGAUCCUCUUCAAAAUGGUUUCAUCAAGAUGACGCUUGCCGAGUGGCUCAAGACGUCCUUGCAGUGCUGAUAAAAGUCUUUCGGACACCUUUUGAUGACACCGCUCAAGGCUGAAGUAAACAGACAGAAGGUCGGCCUGCACGACUUACGACCAGGCUUCGCUUCCAUCUAGACCGAGUAUCCGGGGCAAAGAACUCUACAGUCCGCCGGGCCUGAACUCGACAUGUGAAUCAAAAUCUGUGAUUAUAGAGAGCACAGUGCAUGAUAUGCCGCUAUGAGGUCAUGUGCCAUUGCAUCAGGGACGCACUCGGAGCUCUAAAUAAUAAUAAUAACGUUUUACAGAUGUUAUACUUCAAGUUAUAAACAGUGGUCCAAAAAAGAAUGUUUCUGGAGCCAACGUUUCGACAAGGGUACUUGUCUCUGCCGAAGACCAGGCCCGUUAUCGGAACGCUGGCUCCAGAAACGCUCAUUGCUCGAUCACUGUUGAUAGCUGCGAAGUCGCCGUCUUCUUGUGUACCUCUGUCUUGUUCUGAAUGACUGCAAGUUGUAAUAACAAGAGAUUUUGAAGUGAAAUAAAAUGUUCACCUUUAAGGUAAGGUGAAAUCAAGUCUUAUCAUUGAAGCCUAUAGCAUUAAAUGUAACAACCGAUUUGUAAGCCUCGCACAGAGUCUGUGGCUUUUCGUAAAUGUUCAUGCCCGGUGAGUAAUAGGGUAGUUACAAACGCAUUGGAAACGCUUUCUGAGUAAGGAGAACGGGCUUCCCGAAUACCUUGAACUUGAGCGGAUUCUGUCUUUCACUAAGAAAAUGAGUUUAUAUGUGUUUCGACCUUUCUUGGUGGACACAAAUUGUUUGACACUUAUUAAGCUAUGUAUAUAACUGUUAAACUUUCCAUUGCUGCUGUUUUGUUGGUAACCAUUUGUUAUUGAAGAAAUCACGAUCUGUUCAUUAUCUGCCUUGAUUUAUUUUUUAACUGCAGAAUUUACUUCUUAUGGAAACGUUUUUGUUAUUAGGCGUCUGUCUGUCAAUUCUUCUUUGCGUUAAAUAACAACGCAGAUUCGGGUACGAUUUCCUGCUUGCAUUAGUUUACGCGGAGGCCAAGGAAACAAAGGCAAGAGAUAUCUCGGUAAUAUUCUUGAUUAAGCUUAUGGUUUGUUUAAUAAUACUUCAAUUUUGUGCAAUUGCAACGUACCGGUUCGACGAAAUGGCUGAAGUAUACAUGAAUAAUUUUGGCGGAUGCAGAUUGUGUGCCAAUAUGAAAGAUAAUACCUGCCGUACCUUUGAAUGACAACGCAUGUAAAGCCGAAUGAGUUUGAUUAAAUAUUACUAUGAAAGUUUGAUUAAGUUUCAGUAUGCGAAAGUACGCGUGGUCCUUGACCAAAAUGAUUAAAAACGCGAGAAUUGGUCGCAAAUACCAAGCUUUCAACGGGAAACAGAGAAUAUCCUCUGUCUUGCAGUAACGUUAUCGCGCACCACGCGUGGUCGUUGGACCUGUUCCCUCCGUAACAGUUUAUUGCACUCCCAAAAUGCGUCCUGUGAUAAUUCAGCGGAAGCUGCAUAGACGCACUAACUGAGGUCUCCAACCAAACACAGAUUAGUGCGUGGUUUACACCAGCCACUUUUCUUUUCCCUUUUUUUUUUGUCCUUUUUUGUGAUUGCCAUUACCAAGCACGUCCACGAAAAUGGCGUUCUCUUCUUUUACUUUUAUCGGCUAAAAAAUAAACUGUGCGUAAAAGUAUCAACUUUAAAGAAUGUAUUUGCCAAUAAAGGCAAGCAUAGAUGUUACAACAAGAUAUUUAGAUGUGCAUCGCGGGAUGUUCGCAAGAUUUCUUUAUUGCAGAGCAAAAUCUGAAAAAUUAACAGGUGGUUGUGUCAUUUACUGAGCAUCGGCGCAGUCCUCAAUUCAUGAUCGCAGGAACAAUUAAUACGCUCGUACUGACAUACAAGGUACAAACGAGAAACUAUGGAAUCUAAUUAUAAUAUAAAAUUUUCCUGGAAAGAAAUGCCUUCUAUAGAUUUUAGUUUUGCAAUAUGCGUGCGUGUACUGUACUGUGUUCUCUGCCAUCACCGCAAGUCUGUUUUGUUAAGUACUUCGGUGGUGACACAGCUGUCCUAUUCCAAUGUUAAAAAUAUACCGCAAGCAGUAGGCAACUAAGGACAUGUUCAUCAAUUAUUGUGAUGAUGUAAGGCAAACAGUGUCGCUUUGUGCGUUGAAAGAUUUCGAUUGUUGUGUCUUGCGGAUAAUUUAACAGAGUAUUGUGUGCAGGGCGUUGAUAAUUUUCCUGUCCUUAUUACUGCAUCAAGUAAUGUCUGUUUGCAGAUACUGUAUUCAUGUACAAAACUAAUGGCACCAACGGAUAUAUUGUGUAAAGUCAGGAAUAUCUUUAGCUGUGCAUGAAAAUUGCAGGCGCAGCGUAAACUACUCCCUCAUCCGUGUAAAAUAAACCAUAGUCAUUGUACACUAAACCUUCUCUCUGUGACGUUUCUCGCAACUACGGAUUUAUUUAGUACAGUAUAUCAAUAAUGUUUUCAGCAUUUACGUGACCUUUGUCUUAGUUGCAAUAAAGAAUUG